UCCUGCUCUGCAUGGCUGGCUGCUUCUCACCAUGUCUUCUCACAAGACUUUCAGAAUCAAGCGAUUCCUGGCCAAGAAACAAAAGCAGAAUCGUCCCAUUCCCCAGUGGAUUCGGAUGAAAACUGGUAAUAAGAUCAGGUACAACUCCAAGAGGAGGCACUGGAGGAGAACCAAGCUGGGUCUGUAAGGCGUCACCCAUCAUGAGAUGACACACUUAAUUGGCACACAUAUUUAAUUAAGCU